AUGCCCGGCCGCGGAAGCCGGGCCGAGGAGCGCGGGGAGGAGCGCGCACCUGGACGCACCGCCGAAGGAGGGCCCAGCGCGGCGCCGGGUCCCGGGCGCAAGCCCUGCCCCUCGGCGGCCCGCCCCCUGGGCGGCUGGAAGCCGGAAGCCGGCGAAGAAGAGCCAACUCCGAGCUUCUCGGCGGAAGGGGAAGCCCAGGGCCGGUCCUCUGCAGUGCUCCAGCCGCGGGCUGCGAGCGCUCCGCGACAGUGCGGGGCCAUGGGGACUCCGCGCCGCGGCCCACCCGUCCUCCCGGGGCUCCCGCUGGGGCGGCUGCUGCUGCCCCUGCUCCUGAGCGGGCUGGCCCCGGCUCGCGCCUCCCCGCGGCUCCUGGACCACCCGACGCCAGUCUGCUCCCAGGAGGGGCUAAACUGUGCAGUGAAGAAUAGUACCUGCCUGGAUGACAGCUGGAUCCACCCUCGAAAUCUGACCCCUUCAUCCCCCAAAGAUGUCCAGGUCCACCUGGACUUUGCCCAGACCCAGCAUGGAGACCUACUGCCUGUAGCUCGCAUCAGGUGGACCCUGCAGACAGACGCCAGCAUCCUCUUCCUGGAGGGUGCAGAGUUAUCUGUCCUGCAGCUGAAUACCAAUGAACGCUUGUGCGUCAAGUUUGAGUUUCUGUCCAAACUGCAGCAUCAUCGCAAGCGGUGGCAUUUUACCUUCGGCCACUUUGUGGUAGAACCUGGCCAGGACUAUGAGGUGACCGUUCACCACCUGCCCAAACCCAUCCCUGACGGGGACCCAAAUCACCAGUCCAAGAACUUCCCCGUGCCCGGCUGCGAAGACCCCAGGAUGAGGAGGACCACACCGUGUGUGAGCUCAGGCAGCCUGUGGGACCCCAACAUCACGGCAGAGACCCUGGAGGCCCAGCAGCUGCGGGUGAGCUUCACGCUGUGGAACGAGUCUACCCCUUACCAGAUCCUGCUGACCAGUUUUCCACACACGGAGAACCAGAGCUGCUUCCAUCGUGUCCUCAUGGUGCCCGACCCCGCACUCGAGGACGCCCACCGGCGGGCCAACGUCACGCUCGCCCUGUCAGACCGGAACUGGUGCUGCCGCCACCGAGUGCAGAUCCAGCCCUUCUUCAGUAGCUGUCUCAACGACUGUCUCAGACACUCCAUAAGCCUCCCCUGCCCAGAAAUUCCAGAGACUCCAGCUGAGCCCUGACCUGACUACAUACCCCUGUGGGUGUACGGGUUCAUCACGGGCAUCUCCAUCCUGCUGGUGGGUUCUGUCAUCCUGCUGAUUGUCUGCAUGGCCUGGAGGCUACCUGGGUCUCAUCGUGAAAAAUAUGGUAAUGACACCAAAUACACAGAUGUCCUGCCCGAGACCAGCCUGACCCCUCCACCCCUAAAGCCCAGGAAGGUCUGGAUUGUCUACUCUGCCGACCACCCUCUCUACGUGGACGUGGUCCUGAAGUUCGCCCAGUUCCUGCUCACCGUCUGUGGCACCGAGGUGGCCCUCGACCUGCUGGAGGAGCAGGUCAUCUCAGAGGUGGGGGUCAUGACCUGGGUGGGCCGCCAGAAGCAGGAGAUGGUGGAGACCAACUCCAAGAUCAUCAUCCUGUGCUCCCGAGGCACCCGGGCCAAGUGGCAGGCCAUCCUUGGCUGGGAGGAGCCGGCUGUCCAGCUCCGGUGUGACCGCUGGAAGCCCGCAGGCGACCUUUUCACUGCAGCCAUGAACAUGAUCCUACCAGACUUCAAGAAGCCAGCCUGCUUCGGCACCUACAUCGUCUGCUACUUCCGUGACAUCAGCAGUGAGAGUGAUAUCCCCGACCUCUUCAACAUCACUUCCAGGUACCCACUCAUGGACAGGUUUGAGGAAGUUUACUUCCGGAUCCAGGACCUGGAGAUGUUUGAACCUGGCCGGAUGCACCGCGUUGGGGAGCUCACAGGUGAGAACUACCUGCAGAACCCGAGCGGCUGGCAGCUCAAGGAGGCCGUGGAGAGGUUCCGGGAGUGGCAGGUCCAGUGCCCAGACUGGUUUGAGCGCGAGAACCUUUGCUCAGCGGAUGACCAGGACUUCCCGUCCCUGGACGAAGAGGUGUUUGAAGAGCCCCUGCUGCCACCAGUAAGAGGGAUCAUCAAGCAGAAACCCCUGGUGCACGAACCCACCUCUGAGGGCUGCCUGGUGGGAGAUCUGCUUGUCAGUGAGGAAGGAAGAGGGCUGUCAAGGCUGGAACCUCAACUCCAGCCCCAAGGAGAGCUGGCGGCCCAGGCCCUCCAAACCGCAGUGCUCCCAGUGGACGAGGUCCCUUCGGCUCAGGCCGUGGAACCUGUCCCUCCGGCCGUUAAGAGCAGCACAGCGGGCCGGCUGGCCGUGGUCGGGGGAGACGAGGCCUGCCCGCUGCUGGAGGGCUGCGGCCCGCGGCGGAACAGUGUCCUCUGCCUCCCCGUGGACUCAGAGGCCCCGCCUCUCUGCAGCACCCCAGUGGCAUCCCCCAACUAUGUCCCAGAAGAUGUAAGGGAGCAGCUCGAAGGCUUGAUGUUCUCACUCUUCCAGCAGAGUCUGAGCUGCCAGGCCCAGGAGGGCUGGGACAGAGCUGCAGUGGCCCUCAAAGACCUCUGCACGCCCUAUGAGGGGGAGCAGCGGCAGUCCGUGCAGUCCGACCAGGGCUAUAUCUCCAGGAGCUCCCCACAGCCCCCUGAAGGACUUACGGAAAUGGAGGAAGAGGAAGAAGAACAGGACCUGGGGACAUCGGCCAAGCAGCUCUCCGCUGAGGACCUAGAGAGCCUGAGAAGCCUCCAGAGAUGGCUCUUCUUCCAAGAGCUUCAGAAGAACUCCGGCUGGGGCGGUGUGGAGCCAGAGGAGCCCUAG